AUGUCUUGCUAUGACCUGUGUUCCACGGCCGUUGGUGGCAUCUACCGCCCCCAGCCCCUCGCUGACAGUGGGAAUGAACCGUGUGUCCGUCAGUGCCCUGACUCCACAGCUGUGAUCCAGCCACCCCCUGUUGUUGUUACCUUCCCCGGCCCCAUCCUCAGCUCCUUCCCCCAGGAUUCAGUUGUGGGAUCCUCUGGAGCCCCUGUCCUUGGGGGCUAUGGGGGCUCCCUGGGCUAUGGGGGUCUGUACGGCUAUGGGGGCUAUGGCUCCCUGGGCUAUGGGGCUCUGUACGGCUAUGGGGGCUCCAGUCUGGGCUCUGGGGGUCUGUAUGGCUAUGGGGGCUCCCUGGGUUACAGGGGCUUGUAUGGCUAUGGCAGAUCUUAUGGUUCUGGCUCUUGCAGCCCUUACUCCUACCGGUACAGCAGGUACCGCAGUGGCAGCUGCGGGCCAUGCUAA